UUUUUCUUCUUUCAUCGUCUCUUAUCUGGACUUGCUCUAUCUCUGUUUCGUUUUGGCAAUGUUUUACAAAUUCCAAAUAAUUGAAAAAUUCCAUUCGAUUUAAAAAUUCACGUCCAUGUUGAUAGGAUUUUAAAAUAGAAAUAAUACGCUUUAGUUUCGUUUGGUUGCGAGCAGAAGUUGAAAACUUCGCAGCAUGUUUAUUUCUGCCUCGUUCAAAGUUCAUUAAGGUUAUCUAUAACAUUCAUCUUUUAUCGAAUAAAUUGUAAAUCAAAAUGGCCAAAGCGAAACGCAAAAAUGCCUUUUCUUGUUUCGUCGAAGAAUUUCGAAGACGCAUGCGAAUCAAUGGGGGCUUUCAGGAAGUGAUGAAAAGAGCCGGCGAACCAUGGUCAAAAUUAUCUCAACAGGAAAAGGAUCGGUAUAAGAAGAUGGCUGAUGAUUAUAAUAAAUCCGAAGAACGUGCCAGAGGGACAGCUCCCCUUAAAAAGAAAAAGAAUCCUGUACCUAUGCCAAAUCGAGCACUUACCAUUAAAGAGGCUAAACAACGUGAAGAGAAAAUGUAUAUUGAAGAAAUGGUUGAAAGAAUGACCACAAAUGAUCUUAUCAAUCACGUAUUUUACUUGAUUCAUGUAAAUUAUUUCUGUAAGACUUCCGAUGACGAAUUCGUACCCGCUGAAAUAGCUAUUUCGAGAUUUACUUUGAAGGAAGGUGUUACCGAUGUAUUUCAUCGUAUUCUCAAUCCAGGUGUUACGCCAUUGGGAUACAGCUACACUAUUAAAGAGCAUAGCGAAAAAACCCAUCGCAUUCCUCUUGAUUUUGUCAAAGCUACCAGAGGAUAUUUAGGCAUGUAUCAAGGAAUUACGGAUUUCAUUCAAUUAAGAAACGAUUCGAAAAAAGCCGCACAUCUGUACACCAUGUUCGACGAACCGUUCCAUAACUGUUCCAUGUCAGCUGUGAAGUAUUCUCUCAAACGAAUAUGGGAAACUUCAAAUACUGAUGAUGACGAUGAUGAUGAGGGAGAAAUCGAUGAAGACGAUAAAUAUGAAAAGGUUUUCAAAGUCAUGAGUUUACCAAUUUUAUUUUUUUUCUUGAAAAAUAAGUGUGCUGCGACCUACGACGAUUGUAUGAUUGCUUUUGAAAAUACCAGCGAGGCGAAUAUCGAAAUAUUAAACGACAAAUACGAAUUUACCGAAGAAUUAGCGUGUCAGUUCCAUCAAGAAAUCGACAACGUUCGAUACUGUAGCCAAUCGUACACGGUCAGAUGGGCUCAAGUAAUCCGCGAGCAAUGCCUGAAAUACAUCCAGAGUGAAGACGAAGACGAAUACGAAGAAGAAACUCAGCAAGCUCAGCAAGAAUCGGAUGAAAUUAAACUAGAACGCGAACGAGCCGAAGAAAAAAAACGUAUCAAAGAAAACGAAGCGUUGAAACACGAAUUACGGUCGAUCAAGUCAGAACGCGAUAUUAAGAAAGAAAAGGACGAAUACCGCAUCAAAAAGGAAAAAGAAGAUAAAAACUACGCUUAUAAAAAAGAGAAAGGCGAGCACGAAAUCAAACGAGAAAAGGAUAUAAAAAAAGAAAAGGACAUCAAGUACGAGAAAGAGCCGCCUCGUCACCGUCCAAUUAAACUCGAACGCGAUUUCGACGAUACUCCGAGAAGAGAUCGACGUGGUCGCAGCUCUGAAGAAAGAAGAAUAAAAAGAGAACGAGACGAAUACCAUCGUAGGUACGAUGACGAUCGCGUAAAGAGUGAACGCGACGAUCGAAGAUACGAUGACGAUCGUAUCAAGAAAGAACGAGAUGAUCGCCAUCGAAGAUACGACGACGACCGUAUAAAGACUGAACGAGACGACCGUCACCGUAGAUACGACGAUGACCGGGUAAAAAGUGAACGAGAUGAUCGCCAUCGCAGACAUCACGACGACGAUCGUGUAAAGAAGGAAAGAGACGAACGCCACCGAAGAUACGAUGACGAUCGAGUGAAAAGUGAACGCGACUACGAUUCUAUUCUGAAAAGCGAACACGUAGAUAUUCCUUUCGAGUUGAAAACAGAACGUUCCGAUGGUCAAGAGUCUCAUCGUUCUCGUGAUUCGCGUUCAAGAAGAGAUUCUUCUCGAUCCGAUAGCACUACCAGUUCUGGAAUAAAAAUCGAACGCGAUGAGAUUUCUGCGAGGAUUAAAACCGAACGUGAAGAUAUUCCGGUGAAGAUUAAAACCGAACGGGCUGAAAUACCAACGAGAAUCAAAACAGAACGACCGGAUAUUCGUGAUGACUUUUUAUUGAAAACCGAACAUUUAGAUAUCCCGUUCGACAUCGAUGAUGCCGCAUCUGUGAUAUCAAGUGAUGCUGGUAGCAGCUACGAAUAUACUCGUGAUUCUGAAUUACGUAAUAAAUCGGAAAAAUCUCGAUGGGAUUCUCAUACGGGUAAAUUUCCUAUGCCUAUUCCUGUUAAGACUGAGAAACGUGAUAACGAUGGAUCAGAUUUCCCACUGCCAAUACCUAUAAAAGUCGAAAAAGAUCGCAGCGAUGAACGUCGAUCUAACCGCACUCAUCAAGACGACGACGAUGAUUUCCCGAUGCCGAUUAAGAUUAAAAUCGAAAAAGAUUCCACCAAUGAUCAACGACAAUCGCGUAUUGCGCAACAGGACGACGAUGAUUUUCCUAGACCAAUAAAAAUUGAGAAAGAUGACGCUCGACCAUCCCGUAGUGCUAGGAAGGACGAUGGUGAUGAUUUCCCGAUGCCAAUACAGAUAAAAAUCGAAAAAGAGAAUUCCAGUGCUCGUAAGGACGCUGUUGAUUUUCCAAGACCAAUACCAAUAAAAAUUGAAAAAGAAUCCGACGUUCGUGCUGAGCGAGACGAUAAUUCUGAUAUUCCUAGACCAAUCAAAGUUGAAAAAGACGAUUCUCAAGUUCGACCAUCUUCUAGUGCCGAGCAGAGCGAUCGUGCUGAUUAUCCGAGACCAAUCAAAGUCGAAAAAGAAGAUUCUCACGUUCGACCAUCUAGUAGUUCUGAGCAGAGCGAUCGUCCAGAUUAUCCGAGACCAAUAAAAGUCGAAAAGGAUUCUCAUAUUCAACCAUCUCGUACUUCUGAGCAAAACGAUCGUCCAGAUAAUCCGAGACCUAUGAAACUGGAGAAGGAUCCUUGCGUGCAACCAUCUAGUAGUACUGAACCGAACGAUCGUGCUGAUUACUCAAGACCCAUGAAACUGGAGAAGGAUCCUCACGUGCAACCAUCUAGUAGUACUGAACCGAACGAUCGUGCUGAUUACUCGAGACCUAUCAAACUCGAAAAGGAUUCUCCAGCCCGACCGUCUUCCGAUACUCGUCACGACGAUUUACCUAGAGUUAUAAAACCUGAAAAAGAACGAUGCGAGUUUCCACGGCCUAUACCUAUAAAGCAGGAAAAACCCGAAAAAGUUCCAUUUCCUAUGCCGAUACCUAUCAAAGCAGAACAACCCGAAUGUUCUCGAACCGCUGUUGAAAGAACUCAAAACAACAAUGUACCACCAUCUGUGAACAUCAAAGUCGAGAAAGAUGUGAAAAUUAAAGAAGAACCCUCGUCUUCUAAGGAUACUUCAUCCAAAUCUCGUAAAAGAACUCGCGAGUUUGUAGACUUGAGCGAAGACGAAACGCACCAAAAUGAUCUCGGAUCGAAUUCUGCUAAGAUUAAGAAAGAUACAGAAAGCGAGACCGAAUCAAUGAUCGAUUUUGCCUGCGGCAAACCUAAACCUUCCUUCAAGGACGAACCAGUAGAUUCGUAUAUGUCUCAUGGGAUAAAAAAUGAAGAAUUUAAUAUCAACCCCGAAGACUUCGAUAUUGAACCAAUGGUUCCCGGCGAAUCCUAUAUUCAUUCGCGUGCCAUGAAAAUCGAAAACGAAAUCAAAAAAGAAAAACGUUGAAAAACGUUUACAUUUUGCGGUGCUUCGAUAUUAUAGUUUAAUAUCUUUUACUUGUAGAAGUUGAUUUUUUUAAUUUGUGUGUUCAUUUUUUUUGUUCUAUUUGGACUUUAACAAUAGUUUUUUUCUGGACAAAAAAUUGUUUGUCUUUCUACUAAUGUUUUUCAUUGACGUUAUUUCGCCGCACGUUUGACUUUUUUUAAUUAAUUUUUUAAUUUUUUGUUUUGAAAAUUAGAAGUAUAAGCUUUCAUUCUGUUGAUGCAGAACUCGUUGAUUUUAUGUUUGUUUUAUUUUACGUUUUAUACCUUUGGUAUUGUUCGAAAUAUACGUUUAUAAAAUUACCUAA